AUGAGCCGGGGGCCACAGCACAGCCUGACUGGCACGGUUGUCAGCUGCCCCCUGCACCACGCUGUCCCCCGGGACCUGGCCAUCGCUCAGGGUGCAGGAAUUUCUGAGGGCCUGGGGGGAACCAAGCGCCAUAUCCGAGAGGAAACGCCCAGGGCCACCCCCACCGUCGGUUCUGUCGGCGAGCUCCAGGAGGGCGGAAGCUACGCCUUGUUUGCCCGUGUCCCACUGGCAGAGGUGGUGUUGGGCAGGAAGGGCUGUGAUCCAGAGGUGGUGUUGGGCAGGAAGGGCUGUGAUCUCAGCUGA